AUGUUGACUGUUUUCUUCCUCGUCGUCUGCCUGGCAGUUACUUACUCUUUCUAUAAACGAUGGACUCGAAUCUCGAUUUCUCAUAUCCCGGGGCCAGAGUCGAAAUCUUUCUUGUACGGAAACUUGCCUGAGCUUUUCCAAGCACAAGCCGGAGAGAUCGACUUCAAGUGGCAGCAAAUGUAUGGGGAUGUUAUCAGGAUCCGUGCACCUUUGGGUGAAGACCGUCUCCUCAUUUCGGAUCCUAAGGCCCUUCAAUACAUAUAUCAUACUGCGAGCUAUAGAUUCCCCAAACCUCAAAGUCGGGUACAGAUAUCGCGCCUGACCUUCGGACCAGGAAUUACUAAUGUCGACGGCGAUGACCACAAACGUCACCGAAAAGUAAUGCUCCCUGGUUUUGGUGGUCCAGAGUCGAAGUCGUUCUUCCCAACGUUCUUUGCGUGUGCGGAGAAGAUGGCCCAGCGAUGGAAAGACAGCAUAGAAGUAAGCCCUGACCAGUCGACUGUCUUAGACGUCUCUUCCUGGAUUUCUCGUGCCACCCUUGAUGCCAUCGGUCAAGCCGCUUUCGAUUACGAGUUCGGUGCCUUGGACGACUCUGACAACGUCCUUGCGAAGGCCUUUGAUCUCUUUGGUGUAAUGACGAACCGCGCUAUUCUUUUUCUGUCAGUCAUGGACCAUCUCCCCUCAAAGAUAAUCCCUUUCCUCAUGAAAAAAUUCCCCUCGGGCCGUCUGGAUCAUGCGCUCCUGGUUAACAGGCUGUCUACUGCGGUUGCCAAGGAGCUCGUUGACGAAAAGUUCAAUGCUCUCCUGGAGGGGAAGGGCCGCAGAGAUGUUAUGAGUCUCCUAGUCAAAGCGAAUGCAUCUGAGAAUGCCAAGACACAGCUGGAAGAGAGGGAACUGCUCGGUCAAAUGAACAUCAUCAUCCUUGCAGGUCAUGAGACAACGUCGAAUACGCUGUGCUUCGUACUCUUUGAAAUGUGCAAGCAGCCGGAAAUGCAAGAAAGACUACGCAGAGAAAUACGUGCGACUGAACGGGUGAUCCAUGAUAGAGGGGAUACACAGUUCUCACCCUCGGACUUUGACUCAAUGCCGUACUUGUCUGCCGUGGUCAAGGAAACCCUUCGCUUCCAUCCCAUAGCCUAUAAUAUUUACCGGGUUGCUGCAAAAGACGAUGUACUGCCUUUGAGUAUGCCUAUCACUACUACAUCAGGAAAGGUCCUACAUGAGCUGCCAAUACCAAAGGGACUGCAUAUCGACGCGUCUGUAGCCGCGUAUAACAGGAAUAAAGACAUAUUUGGAGACGAUGCGGGCGUUUUCGAUCCUGACCGUUGGUUGCGUAAUGCAUCUCCGAAGACCAAGACUGCUUUGGGCGUCUAUGCCAAUCUGUUCACCUUUGCCAGCGGCUCUCGCUCAUGCAUUGGUUGGCGUUUCGCUGUGAUGGAGCUCCAUGCCUUUAUGAUCGAGCUUCUGAGCAAUUUCGAGUUCUCGUUUGCAGAAGUGCAGGGUAUUCGCCGGGAAGCCUGUGGUGUCAUGACUCCGACAAUUGAAGGGCAGGUUGAGAAAGGAUCACAGCUGCCUCUGAAGAUUAAGCUGGCACAGAGAGAUGACUGA